AUGGCACGAACAGAAGAACUUCCCAACGACUUCGGCGAGAAGUUUGAUCUCAGCAAUGAUCCUCAGGCCCAAGCCCAAGCGCCGAACGCGGGCGCUCUUGAAUCUCUGAUCUCCCAAGCCGCGCCCUUCCCGCUCAAGCAAGAUGCGCAGUCGAACACCGCCGACGCCACCCAAUCUGGCGCCGCUAUGCCCCCAGCGAUGGCCUCCGUGAAGCAGCACACAGCCGACGAGGUUCUGAAAAUGAUGAACCGGUCGCCGCUCUUCAUGACUACGCUGGAUGAAACGGACGGCGAGGGCGGAGAGAACAUCGAGCUCGAGGCUCUCAAGGCGCUGGCGUACGAGGGCACAAGAGCGGAGGUGGCAGGAAACUUUAGAGAACAGGGGAAUGAGUGUGCGAGGGCGAAGCAGUGGACUGAUGCCCGCGAGUUCUAUGAUAAGGCGAUUGCGGCGCUGAAGGCACCCGCCAAGCCGCAGAAUCUUGAGGAAGGCUCCAUGAUUCUAGAAGUUGCAGAGAUUGAUGAAGAAGCUGAGAAGAAGAAGGAGUUGGAGAUUGAGGAAGCCUGCUACAUCAAUCGGGCGCUGUGUCAUCUAGAGAAAAAAAACUACCGUUCAUGCAUCCGCGACUGCGCGUCAACCCUCCGCAUCAAUCCCCAGAACAUAAAAGCCUACUUCCGCUCCGCAACCGCCUGCCUCGCACUCGACAAGCUCGAUGAAGCCGUCGACGCCUGCUCAAUCGGCCUUUCCCUCGACGCGCAGAACAGCGCGCUCAAGACCUUAUCCCACAAGAUCUCCGCGCGCAAGACCCAUCUCGAACAACUCGAACGCGCCCGGCGCGAGCGCGAACAGCGCAAAGCCGCAGAAGCGCACGCCCUCGCGCUGGCGCUCAAAGCCCGCAACAUCCGCACACGCACAACGGCGCGCCCUCCGAGCGACUUGGAAGACGCGCAGAUUAAGCUCGAAGCGCCGAUCGAUCCCGCGUCGACGCUCUCGAUACCUGUGCUCCUGCUCUACCCGCUUCACGCGCAGACAGACUUCGUCAAAGCCUUCCGCGAGUCGGAGACGCUGGCUGAGCAUCUGGCGUACAUCUUGCCGGUACCCUGGGACGAGAAGGGGGAGUAUGCGGCGGAGAGCGUGGAGUGCUAUGUUGAGACGGCGGCGGGCGGGCUGAUCAAAGCGGGGAAAAAACUGCCGCUGCUGAAGAUUCUGGGGACUGGUAAGGUUGAGCUUGUGGAUGGACUGUUGAGCGUUAACGUGCUACCUAAGGGCGCGGCGGCUGCGUGGAUUGAGGAAUUCAAGCGCAGGCGGAAGAUGCCUUGA